UUCUGGGAAAGGAGGCAGAGGAGGAGACAGGGGCAGGAAAUUAGUUUGUGGCGUGAUAGCGUAGGGCGCCAGUGGGGAAGAAGUGCCGACUCAGGAGCUUCUUGCCGUGUUUGGCCUCUUCGUUGUCCUGGAAAAGGUCGGAAGUGGGAUUGAAAUGAGAGGUAGAUGAAGCAACGGAACAAGACACUCAGUUUUGCCUGAUUUCUGUAUGUUGUCCUCUCCUGUACGCCUCAUUCCCAGAACAAUCCGGCUUGUUCAUUCCCCGAUCUGCAAUUUUUCCCGUUCCUUCAUGGAUUUGAAGGUGCUCCUUUCCUCCUUGAAUGACUUUGCAUCCCUCUCACUUGCUGAGAGUUGGGACAAUGUUGGAUUACUGGUGGAACCAAGCCCACCACACACUGUACACACACUCUUCCUUACCAAUGACUUGACUGAGGAAGUAAUGGAGGAGGCGCUGCAAAAGAAGGUGGAUCUCAUUCUCUCCUACCAUCCACCUAUUUUCCGACCCUUAAAGCACAUUACCUGGAAAACCUGGAAGGAACGCCUGGUGAUCCGGGCUCUGGAAAACAGAGUCGGUAUUUACUCUCCUCACACAGCCUAUGAUGCUGCACCCCAGGGAGUCAACAGCUGGUUGGCUAAAGGGCUUGGAGUUUGCACCUCCAGGCCCAUACAUCCUUCCAAAGCUCCCAACUACCCCACAGCAGGGACGCAUAGAGUAGAAUUCAGUGUUAACUGCACCGAAGACCUGGACAAAGUCAUUUCUGCAGUGAAAGAAAUUGCAGAUGUUUCUGUCACUUCUUUUUCUACUAGGACUGAUGAUGAAGAACAAACACGGAUUACUCUGAAUUGUAGUCAGGAGGCUUUGAUGCAGGUGGUGGCUUUUCUUUCCCAGAGCAGACAGUUCUAUCAGAAGACCGAAAUUCUGUCACUGGAGAAGCCUCUGCUUCUACAUACUGGAAUGGGACGGUUAUGCACACUGGAUGAAUCUGUUUCCUUGGCAACCAUGAUUGAGCGAAUCAAAAGGCACCUUAAACUAUCUCAUGUUCGCCUUGCUCUUGGGGUAGGAAGGACCUUAGAGUCUCCAGUCAAAGUUGUGGCCCUGUGCGCUGGUUCUGGGAGCACGGUGCUGCAGGGGAUGGAGGCCGACCUUUACCUCACAGGUGAGAUGUCCCAUCAUGAUGUUCUGGAUGCUGCAUCCCAAGGAAUAAAUGUCAUCCUCUGUGAACAUAGCAACACUGAACGAGGCUUUCUUUCUGAUCUUCGAGAUAUGCUGGGUGCUCGCUUGGAGAAUAAGAUUAAUAUUAUCCUGUCAGAGACAGACAGGGACCCUCUUCAUGUGGUAUAAAGCAUACAGGAAUAACAGGAUGACACUCUGCAAAUCGAUUGCCUCCCAACUUGAAUGCAUAACAUGAAUCAGUGGAGUUAGAAUCAUCCUGGAAGAAUGUCUUAGAAUGUACAUUAUUUCUGGUUUGUAAAUCUGCUUCACCAAAUGUUCUGUAGCUCAUAUGGUAAAAACCAUAACAUAACUACCAUUCAAGAACAAGUAUUCAUUAUAAGAUGAAUUAAGAUGAUUAUACAGUGUAAACCAUAUAUUCAUUAUAAACUCCAGGAGAGAUCCACUGAAAUCUGUUUACUUAACAUUCUGGGUGAGUUGCUCAAGCAGUCUUCUCCUUAGCUUACUUAUAGAUGGGAUGUGUCAUUCUAGAUCUCUCUGCCCUCAGUUAGUUUAACUUGAGAUUGGAACACUUAUUUCUAGGUAGUAGCCUCUAGGGGGUGAUAACGUCUAUCUCUAUGUUCCCAUUCUCAGAUCACUAAUCUUUCACCUAAAUUUCAGAAUCAGGAUGAGGUUUUAUGUUUUUUUUGUUUUUUAAUAUAGAUCAUUAUUCAUGACUAUUGUUUUAUUGCUUUUUAGGUAACUCACCUGGAAUUUUAUUAGUAAUAUUUUAUCAUGUUAUGUUAAUCACCAUACAUUACAUCAUUAGUUUUUGAUGUAGUGUUCCAUGAUUCAUUGUUUAUGUAUAACACCCAUGGAAUUUUAUUAGUAAUAUAAAAAGAUGGUUAGCUUUUAGAAUAAUCCCAGUUAUCAUACAAUAUUAACUUUGUGCUAGGCAUUCUCAGGUAUGUUAUAAACACUUUCAAUCUUGAGAAACAAGAAUAUAGGUAUUAUGAUUUCCAUUUUACAGAUGAGUAAACUGAAACAGGUUAAGGAGUUUGCCCAAGGCCACAUGGCUAGGAAAUGACGGGAGUUUGGACACAAACUCAGGUAGUCUGGCUCCAGAGUCUGUGUUCUUAACUACUUCUUAAUGAACAUUGACGAGAAACCUGAUACAAGAGGUAUGUAAGAAAUCCUGAAGGAAAAAGAAAUCCAUUUGAGCUGGGAUUUUCUCUGGGCGGUAUGGGAGUUUUUUCUUUCGAAUUCUUCUAUAUAUAUUUCCAGUUUCUCUGCUGAGAUUUUUCCUUUGGUAAUGACAAAAGCCAGUCUUUUAAAAUACUGUGUAAGAUGAGAAAGGGAAGAAUUUUAUUUCUGUUGUAGGACCCUUAUCCUACCAGUUGUCUCCUGGAGGAUUUGGGAUCCUAACUUACAAAUUAUUCUUGGUGGUUCACCUGUAAUAUUGUGGAUUCACCACAGAAAUAACCAAUAGGACCGAGCCUUAAGAAAUGCCCCCAAUUCGAGGGUUGGAGGAGGAGCCAGGAGAGGAGGUGGGAGGAGAGUCAGCAAAGCAUCAGAAGCCAAGGAGAAAACUUUGAUGAGGGAUGGUCGACAUCAAAGUUGAGCCAAUGGGAGAGCAGACAGCUUUGAGAGACUCUUAGUGACAUUCGCCUCAGUCAUUGCUGUGUUCUAUGUGCCGGGCCCAUGGAGAUGUGGGGAGAAUAGGACAGAAGUUUGGAUGAUACUUAAGGGUUUACUGUAAUUACCUAUGCUAAAGAUACGCAGAGGGCUUACAGGGAAGGUUUCCUGGGGCAAGGGGGUAGAAUUCAGUCAAGAGGCACAGCUUGAACAAACGCUAAGUAUAGAGAAACAGCACUUUUUCAGUGCAUUGAAAAAGCCCAAGUAAGUCAUCCAUUAUUGUCAGGGCAGAAAGCGGGAGGCAGGAAUGAUAAUGGUCAGAGAUGAUGCUUAAGAAAUAGCUUGGGGGCAGUGAUGCUUAAACCUUUUUUUCCUUUGUGGCACACUGAAGUUAGGACAUGAUUUCACCUUUAACAGUUACUCAUCCUGAAGGUUGUGGAUUAAAUUCCUUUUGUUAGAGUUUUGAAGGGAUUUAAUGGAUCAAAGAAUUUGUUUAUGAUUGGACAUGCUUAUUGCCAAAUUGGUUUGUUGUUGUUGUUGUUAAAGAAUGCCAUUGUUACUACAAUUUUUAAAGUUUUUUUACUGGCAUGCUAGCGUUUCUAAAUAACUAAAAAUACCCCCAAAUAUGUCCUCUGUAGUUUUUUAAAAAUAAAGUA